CUGGAACGACCUGCUGGUGGGCGCUCCUUUUUACUUCCACCGUCAGCAGGAGGCGGGUGGGGCAGUCUAUGUCUACAUGAAUGCAGGAGGAAGGUUUGAUUCCAGACCCAGUGUGGUCCUGAGGGGGCCGGACAGAUCUGGGUUUGGUAUGGCUGUUACUGCUGCUGGAGACCUGAACCAAGAUGGCUUCCAGGACUUUGCAGUCGGAGCUCCUUUCCAUGAAACAGGAAGUGUGAUGAUCUGGACUGGGAGCAGUGGGGGGGUCUCUACAGAACCGAGCCAGGUGAUCAGGGGCAGCAGUGUCUCUCCUGGGUUCAGGACUUUCGGGUACUCCCUGUCCGGAGGUCUGGAUGUUGAUGGGAACAGAUAUCCAGACCUGGUGGUUGGUUCUCUGGAUGACAGCGUUGCUCUGCUCAGAACUCGUCCAGUCAUCCACCUGAAUAAAACCCUCAGAGUUUCUCCAGACGUCGUCGACCCGAACAGCUGCAACUUCUG